CACUACAAAAGGCCACAACUCUCUCCCUUAAUUUGUCAUUGUCUUCUUCCCUCUCAACUUACCAUCAAUUUCAAUUUCAUAGAGCUGAGACAAAAAAAAACUAACACGAUGAAUAGUUGUGGUAACGCUUAUUGUCAUGGUGGUUCGUGCACUUGUGGUGUGUAUUACGGUCAAAAUAACGGCACUUCUGCAUACUCAAUGUACUAUAACCAGUAUCAAAAUGAUGAAAAUUAUUCUGAAAACAUGUAUUCUUUCGUUUCUUCUCCAUCUUCUUCUUCGUCUUCCGUGGAUUGUACUCUUACCUUAGGUACACCUUCCACUCGUCUUAGUACUAAUGAGAAUCAUGAAAAGCGAGUUCAUGAGUCGUCGUCGACGACGACUCAUGAACGUGGCUCUUCUUCUUCUUACAUGUCCAAAUGUUGGAAUAUUCUACAAAACAAAACCAAUUCAUCCGCUCAUAAGUCCGGUCGCAGUAGUAAUAAUAACGCUGACCCACUUGUUACUCGUCGAUGUGCUAAUUGCGACACUACUUCGACACCUUUGUGGAGAAAUGGUCCUAGAGGCCUCAAGUCACUUUGCAAUGCGUGUGGAAUUCGUUACAAAAAAGAGGAAAGGAGAAGUAGUGCUGCGGCCGCGGCUAAUGGUAACGGCGGUGGAAUUGGAAUGGAGAGCAGUACACAACAUAUGAUAAACGAGUCGUCAUGGGUUCAUCAUUCACAAGGCCAGAAAAUGCCGUGUUACACAUCAGCCUAUGCAAAUCAUGAAUACAGGUUCAUUGAAGAUCAUGAUGAUCGUGAUUCUGAUAAUGCAAUUUCCUUUUGGCCCUAUCUAGCAUCUCAACAUUGCUGAUUAGACAAGAAACAAGAAAAAAAAAAAAAAAGAAGAUGAUGAUGAUGAUGGAUGCAACAUUAUUCAUUUUAAAGUUUUAAAAAUUCAAGCAAAGGAAAAGGAAAAGAGAAUUUUGCUUUUUUAAAUUCUUGUUUUGAUCGUUAUGAUAUAUAGUUUAAGCACAUUUAACUUUGAAAUGUGCGGUUUUUGAUCCGUCUACUUAUGAAUCUUUAA